CAAACGGAAAAACUAAGAUGGCUGUCUGUGCUGUGCUGAAGUGUGUUUCUUGGCCCCAGUGAGAAAAUGGAGCUGUGUGGUUAAUAGCAAUUUAGCAAACCCAAUUCCUAUCCCAUCGAACCGAUUCUGCCCUGCCGAACAGUGCGGAAGAACGAUAGUAAAACCCGGUAGUCGAAAGGGUGUGGUGUUCGACACAACACACACGGGGAAUCGAAGCAAAUUGUGUGGUGUAAGCUGCCAAAACAAGGAUUCUAGCUGCCUGCGUAAGCAGCAUCUACGAAACGGAAACGCAACUCAACGGAAGCACAGAAAUAUAAUUCCUUCCCAAAAGCGAACGAAACGGCUUCAAUAGAUCACGGAUUUCCUGUGUACUAUGUCCAAUCUGUACGCCAAAAUAUCGCAACGCCCAAUGAAGAGAAAUGAGGAGCAAAUUUUUUCCGUCUUUCCGUACCACAACAUUGAGAUGUUCAAUGUGUUGGCCCCGUUCCAUCAGAACAGUGCUGCCGCUGGUGCCGGUGUUGCUGCCACCAGUGCGGGUGGCCAAAACGUGCGGCUAGAGAACAUGCAGGUGACGCAACCCUGCAGUGGACCGUCCUCGCCAACCAUCGCAUCACCCGGUGCCCUCAGCUCCACCUCGUUCUGUCUGACCGGUGGUGGUGGGAUUGGGACCGGAGCACACGGCACCAUCGGAUGCAGCGUCAUCUCCAGCACAACAGCUGCCGAUACGGCCGACCCAAACUGGCAGGCGAACAAAUCGACCGUACGCGAACGGAAUGCCGCCAUGUUCAACAAUGAUCUGAUGGCCGACAUCCGGUUCAUCGUCGGUUCUGACGAACAAGUGCAAACGAUUCCAGCCCACAAGUAUGUACUAGCGACGGGAAGUUCCGUUUUCUACGCCAUGUUCUAUGGUGGGUUGGCCGAAAAUAAACAGGAAAUUAAGGUACCGGAUGUGGAGCCGGGUGCGUUCCUAACGAUGCUGAAGUAUCUGUACUGUGAUGAGAUUCAGCUUGAAGCGGACAACGUGCUGGCGACGCUGUACGUCGCAAAGAAGUACAUCGUACCGCAUCUGGCACGGGCGUGCGUCAACUAUCUGGAAACUAGUCUUACGGCGAAAAACGCCUGCCUGUUGUUGAGUCAGUCGCGCUUGUUCGAAGAGCCGGAGCUGAUGCAGCGCUGCUGGGAGGUGAUCGAUGCGCAGGCGGAAAUGGCCAUCAAAUCGGACGGUUUUGUCGACAUCGAUCUGAAAACGUUCGAAACGAUCCUAGCGCGGGAAACGCUCAACUGCAAGGAGAUACAUCUGUUCGAGGCGGCACUCAGCUGGGCACACGCGGCCUGUACCAAAAUGGACAUCGAACCGACCUCGUCCAACAAGCGGCAACUGCUCGGCCAAGCCCUGUACCUGAUACGCAUCCCGACGAUGACGCUCGAAGAGUUUGCCAACCGGGUGGCGCAGCUGGGCAUACUCACCAACCAGGAGACAAUCGACAUUUUUCUUAACUUUACCGCCAAGAACAAGCCAAAGCUUACGUUUCCGGUGAAGGCACGGGCCGGCUUAAAGACGCAGGUGUGCCAUCGGUUUGCGUCCUGUGCGUACCGUAGCAACCAGUGGCGCUAUCGGGGCCGAUGCGAUUCGAUACAGUUUUCCGUCGAUAAGCGCAUAUUCAUAGUAGGCUUCGGCCUGUACGGUUCCUCAACCGGGGCUGCUGAUUACGAUGUAAAGAUCGAACUGAAACGGCUCGGUCGCGUGUUGGCAGAGAACAGUACGAAAUUCUUUUCGGACGGUUCGAGCAACACAUUCCAGGUGUUUUUCGAAACGCCGAUACAGAUCGAACCGGAGUGUUUCUACACUGCCUCGGUUGUGCUGGACGGGACGGAACUUAGCUUCUUCGGUCAGGAGGGUAUGAGCGAGGUGAGCGUCGGAACGGUCACGUUCCAGUUUCAAUGCUCUUCUGAGAGUACAAAUGGAACCGGCGUCCAGGGCGGCCAGAUACCGGAGCUGAUCUUUUACGGACCGAUGGGUGUCAGUCAGCAGAACAGCAUCUUAUCUGCCAGUGCCAGUAAUAACACGAUCAACAAUAAUCACACGAGCUCGGGUGGCCAUUCGCCCGGUAAGGAUAGUUUGAUCGGUAAACAGUCUAGUAACAAUGCCGGAAGUGGUAAUAGCGUUCCAUCGACCACGACAUCGUCCUCUUCCACCUCAACACAUGCUGGAGGAAGCGGACUACUGUUGAUGGGAGCAGGCAGUAGCAGCUCACCACCAGCCAAUGCCAAUGGUGAGCGAUCAAACGUCGCUCCGUAUGGAAAUUUGGGUGAUAAUGAUGGUGCAACAGCAGCCAACCAAGGUGUAGGACUACCAAACUGGCUGCAACCCUCGGUUGGUGCGGUGCAACAGUUACUGGCCAACAAUGGUGAAUCAGCUGAAUGAAUUCUGAACGUUCAGCUCACCAGCAAGGAAUGCGGGAGAGACAUUUUUCGUUACAAAACACACAUGAACACACACACGAUGGAACUAAAUCACCAUUGAUGUUGAAUCCUCACAAACGCACAGGACAGCAAAACGCAAGCAUUUACAAGUCCUUUACUUAUGUAUAUGCUUUAGCCCUUUGGGUGAGAUGAUCUUGGACAACUAAUCAUUACAAAUCUCUCGUUAGUAGAACGAAAAACUUUUUCAACCCUUUUUGCUCUGUUUUACAUAGUAGUGCAUAGUCAAACAUGGAUUUUUACAGGAAAUGGAGCUAUGCAAACACGCAGGUGCAGCGACGAUUCCUGCAUCGGUUCUAAAAGAGCUUUUUUUCUUAGGUCUUCCGGUUUUAUUCUCGUUCUUAACGUUAUCUUUGGCAUAAUUCUAAACCUUGCUAAAUAUUCUGCUUUGUAGAUGAAAUUUAUUAGCAUUAAUACAGAAUUGUAAGAAGUCUAUAUCGCCCUCAUAGCCUCUUUCUAUAUUGCGCGUGAGACGCUUUCUUUAUUUAUGACUGAGUUUCUGUUAGGUUAGUGCCCAUCACUCAGCUAUUCUGAACGAAAUUUUAUCCCUGCUUCCCUUUUCACUUUACACUGGGGCGAUUUGCAGCGUCCAGAUAAUUAUGAUAAGGAUAAUAGCAUAGUCUGAACACAAGUAUCGGUAGCACUUACUCUCCGGAAUAGCGGAUUUACAACACACAGAUGUAGUGUAGAUUCAUAAGCAGGAUCGGCUUGUGCCGGAUCAGUGGGGCAGGGUGGAUAGAGAAGAAAGGACACAUGGCGUGUGAACAAAGAAAACGGUUUCCUUUUUAGCAAGUAAGUGAUACAACAACACAGCGAUAGGACUAAGGUAUGACAUAAAAAACACACACAGGAAAGAGCAUUAUACAGUACCCUCUUAACAAACAGAGCACACAUAAUCUCGUGCAAAGUGCACUUCAUUUGAUAUGUGUUAAAAGGGGUUGAAGGUUCCCCGUGGAAUCAGAUGAGUAACGAUAUUUAGGGUACGUGAUCACGUACAUCACGCACACAUUGUAAGCUCCUAAAGCAUACACAAACUCCCCGUAGACGAACAUACAGUAUAGUUUCCAUUUUAGGUGAUCUUAUCAUUUGUUUUUUAUUCUGCACUUGAGGCAAAGCCGCAAGGUGCGAACAAAAUUAAGGCAUACAACAAAUUAGAUAAAUUGGUUACAUUUGCCCAUUAUGUUCGAUCGUUCUGUUUUUGUGUUAUCAGAAUCAAAAUUAUAUUGCAACAACAUUUUGUUUGAAUGGUUAUAAAAUUAAAAUCAAAUCAUCCUUUCAGCGGAAUGUGAUUUCAGCUAGAAAUCAGCGGAUGUGCGUAAGUAGAUCGCAGUCCAUGUUACUGCGUGUAUGCCUUGUGUUCUUCACUGACGGAGUGUAGUACAGUGGAAGCGGGAAAGAAACAACCACGAACAUAUACCAUUAUGGUACUAUCGCAGACGAUAUUACUGAAAUGCGAUCUAUAUAUAUAUACAUAUAUUUAAAAUUUGAACAAGAAAGACGAAUAAAUUAUAGU